AUGACUGUUGUGCUUGGUGCUUUUUCUUCCUCUAGUCUUAACUGUCAAGUUCAAGAAAGGAGUCUGCCGUUAGUGCACCUUGAGUCAGACAGAGGGGCCAGAGCAGGGGCCACCGAGAGGAGGACAGAUAUUUGGGACAACGAGGAAGCCGACUAUGUGGAGUGGCUGAAGGGUCAGGCGGAGCUGGAGGGCGAGGAGGAAGUUAAGGAAAUGAAAUACCUGCGUGACUACUGGAACAUCCCCGAGCUAGACGAGAGAGAGUCUUUCCUGCAAGAUUACGUGCUCAACAAGGACUGCCUGGAGGAGGAUGAAGAAGAUAGAAUCCCCACCUGUAAGGAGCUGAUGCAGGAUAAGGUGGAUGACUCGGAGGAAGAAGGAGAAUCAUUCAUGUAAACAGGAAGACUUUGAGAGGAAGAAAACUCCUGCUUUGAGGAGCCUGAUGCUGGAAAGAUCAAAACAUAUCCUCGCAACAUCGCCACAUCAGUCCGGAGCAAAGAUGACAGAAGAAAGAGGAAGAGGGAGGAAGUGAAAGAGAGGAAGAAAAAGGAGAAGGAGCAGAAGAAACAGAGGCUGAAGGAACUGAAGAACCUGAAGCGGUCAGAUAUCAUGGACAAACUGAAGAAACUGCAGGAGCUGACAGGAAAUGAGAAGCUGGCCUUCAAUGAUGUCGACCUGGAGGGAGACUUUGACCCCCAGCAACUCAUGCAGGUUGUGUGUGAAAUAAGAGAUAUCCCACCAGUGACUGUAGGAACUAAACCUCAGUCACAGCUUAUGAUUAAAUAAUUGCUUUUUACCUGUUUGAUGCUUACCUGUUUGAUAUGCACCUUUCUUCAUUCUCAUUUACACAAGUUCUUUGGGGAUGAAUACUAUGGAGAGAACGAGGAAGAGAAACCACAGUUUGAUGAUGACGAUGUUUUAGCAGAAAACUGGAACUGGGACACAUGGGGCGGUAAUGAGUAAAAUGAGGAAGAGUAUGGAGAUGAGGAAGAUUAUGCUGCAGAGGAAGACUAUGAGGCCGACUUUGAGGAUCCUGGCUUUAUAGUAAGACCGCUUCUCAUUCAUAAAGGGCUGGUUCACCCAAAAAUUAUAUUUCUCUCAUUAAUUCCUCACGCUCAUGUUGUUCGAAACCUAUAAGACCUUUGUUCAUCUUCAGAACACAAAGUAAGGUAUUUUUGAUGAAUUCCAAGAGCUUUCUGUCCGUGCAUAAACAGCAAGGAUAUUACCACGAUCGACGUCCAGAAACAAAGUACUAUUACUACAGAAAAGAUGGUGAGUAAUUGUCCAGAUAGUGCUGCACUACAGAAGCAGCACAGGACUACUGUGUUCACACCUGAAGGCUCUUGGGUAGAUGGA